UCGGCGGGUUCAGUUAAAAUGGCGCUGUUGCCAGGAGUGCCAAACCAAUGGAGGAAUAACGAAAGUGGAUAGAAGCAGGCAUAUUUGUCUCUGUUUAAAAGAUACAUCAUGGCAGCACUUGAUCAAAAAUCACCAAACGUUCUCUUGCAAAGUCUUUGCUGCAGAAUCACCGGGAAAAGUGAAGCCGAGGUCGCUCACCAGUUCCAGUACGCUGUAAGGGUGAUUGGAAGCAACUAUGCCCCCACCAUUGAACGGGACGAGUUUCUGGUUUCAGAGAAGAUCAAGAAGGAGUUGAUGAAACAGCGGAGAGAGGGGGAUGCUGUUCGCUUUUCUGAGCUGCAUCGCAAGCUACAGACCCAGGGUGUGCUGAAGCAGAAGUGGUCCAUCCUGUACCUACUUCUGAGUCUCUGUGAAGACCCACGCAAACCAUCCAGCCGGGUUGGGAGCUACAGUGCCCUGUUUGCCCAGCCCUUGCCCCGCGAUGCCCACUCCACCCCGUUCUACUGUGCCCGGCCCCACUCCCUGCCCAUCAGCUACCCUGAGCGCGGCGUGGUCCAGAACAACACCAGCAUGGGCACCAGUGGCAUCAGCAGUCUGGGAGUGUACUCGCUCAACGGGCCCACGCCAACGCCGCAGUCGCUGCUGAUUGGGCACCCUCCCCAGGGAGCCGGUGAUGUGCGGGGCUCGCGGCUGGCCUGGGCGCUCCCGGUCUCCGCGUCGCCCCCGGGCGCGGCCGCACCUACCUCACGGGGCCCCGGCGCCCCCCCGGCCCCCCCCAGCAGAGUCACCCCCCGCAACCGGAGAGACGGCGACGGCAGUGCUGAAAUCGGCGAAGUCGCCCUCGUCCGGGACAUUCUGUACGUCUUCCAGGGAAUCGACGGCAAGUUUAUCAAGAUGAGCGCUCCUGAGAACUGCUAUAAGAUCGACACAAAGGUGCCGCUGUGCAAGUCCCUGCGUGACAUCAGCGGUCGCCUGGCGGAACUGGGCUGGCUCCACAACAAGGUGCGCAAGUACACCGACUCCCGCGCACUGGACCGCGCCUUCGGCCUCGUGGGACAGAGUUUCUGUGCCUCUCUUCAUCAGGAGCUCAAGGAGUAUUACAGGCUGCUCUCAGUACUGCACUCACAGCUGCAGGUAGAGGAUGACCAGGGCGUUAACCUGGGAGUGGACAGCACCCUCACACUGCGCCGCCUCCUCGUCUGGACAUACGACCCGAAGGUCCGACUCAAAACGCUGGCCGCCCUGGUGGACUUCUGCCAAGGCAGGAAAGGGGGUGAGCUGGCGUCGGCGGUGCAUGCGUAUGGGAAGACGGGUGACCCCAACAUGCGGGCGCUGGUGCAGCACAUCCUGGGCCUGGUGUCCCAUCCCAUCCUCAACUUCCUGUACCGCUGGAUCUACGACGGAGAGCUGGAGGACACCUACCACGAGUUCUUUGUAGCCUCGGACCCGACAGUAAAGACGGACCGGCUGUGGCACGACAAAUACUCGCUGAGGAAGUCCAUGAUCCCCUCCUUCAUCACCAUGGACCAGGCCAGAAAGGUCCUGCUCAUCGGCAAAUCCAUCAACUUCCUGCACCAGGUGUGCCACGACCGCACACCGCCCGGCAACAUCCUGCACGCCUCCUCCAAGGCCGUCGACUCGCCCAAAGAUGCUGCGGAGCUGUUCACUGACCUGGAGGGGGCGUUCCAGGAGAAGAUCGACGCGGCGUACUUUGAGACCAGCAAGUACCUGCUGGGCGUCCUCAACAGGAACUACCUGCUGCUGGAGCACCUGCAGGCCAUGAGGAGGUACCUGCUGCUGGGCCAGGGAGACUUCAUCAGGCACCUCAUGGACCUCCUCAAGCCGGAGCUGGCGCGUCCUGCCACCACGCUGUACCAGCACAACCUGACGGGCAUCCUGGAGACCGCCGUGCGAGCCACCAACGCCCAGUUCGACAGCCCCGAGAUCCUCAAGAGGCUGGACGUCCGGCUGCUGGAGGUGUCCCCUGGAGACACUGGCUGGGACGUGUUCAGUCUGGACUACCACGUAGAAGGGCCCAUCGCCACGGUGUUCACACGGGAGUGUAUGAGCCACUAUCUGCGGGUGUUUAACUUCCUGUGGAGGGCAAAGCGUAUGGAGUACAUCCUCACCGACAUCUGGAAAGGCCAGAUGUGCAACGCCAAGCUGCUGAAGAGUAUGCCUGAGUUGUCUGGGGAGCUGCAUCAGUGUCACAUCCUGGCCUCUGAGAUGGUCCACUUCAUCCACCAGAUGCAGUACUACAUCACCUUUGAGGUGCUGGAGUGCUCCUGGGAUGAGUUGUGGAAUAAGGUGCAGCAGGCUCAGGACCUUGACCACAUCAUCGCUGCUCACGACGUCUUUCUGGACACGGUCAUCACACGUUGUCUUCUGGACACCAACAACAGGUCUCUGCUGAACCAGCUGCGCGCCAUCUUUGACCAGAUCAUCGAGUUCCAGACGACGCAGGACUCGCUGUACCGCUCGGCCCUGGAGGAGCUGCAGCUGCGGCUACAGUUUGAGGAGCGCAAGAGGCAGCGACAGCAGGAGGGUGAAUGGGGUGUGACCACAGAGGACGAGGCUGCUGAGAAUAAGCGGAUUCAGGAGUUCCAAGACUUUCAUGCCAAAAUGCGCUCUGAGCUGCGGAUACUGUCGUACUCGUACCAAGGCAUCGUCCAGCAGUUCCUGGUGCUGCUCAUGACCAGCACGGACGAGAGCCUGCAGUUCCUGAGUUUCCGUCUGGACUUCAACGAGCACUACAAGGCGCGGGACCCCCGCCUGCGCGCCUCUCUGGGGGCCUCUAGGGGGCGCCGCAGCUCCAACAUAUGAGCUCACAGGCCACGCCCACAUCAUGGAACUCCAGCCUUCACUGACCGAGGGAGAGACGGAGAGAGAGAAAGAAGGGGAAAAGAAGGAGAAAGAAAGAAUGAAAGAUAAGUAGAAACAAAGGAAAGAGAAAGAAGGAAGGAAGGAAGGAAGGAAGGAAAGAAAGGAUAGAUAGAAAGAAAAGUAUGUUGAAUUAUCCACAGCCUUUCCCCCAUGCCAUUGCCAAAUAAAUGAAAGUACACACACACACACACACACACACUCACUCUCUCCCUCUCGCUCUCAGAAUAUGAACACGAUAUUCCAAAGGAAGAAUGUGUUUUUAGAAGUGUGUAUGUUGUAGGACAAGGUCACAGGUCCACAAUCAGUGUUCAGCCAUCCUAUCAGUGCAUCACAGUGCGUCAGCUUUUCCAUGUUGUGUUGAAGUGUGUUUACAUGAUUAUUUAAUGAUUUCCUUUUUGUACAUGUGUUUUUGUUUAUUCGGUUUGCAUUAUAAUUGUAUAAUACUCAUCGUUUCUGUUUUGUUUGUUUUUGUUUUGGCCUGUGUGUGGGGGUCUGAUGGCAUGAAAUGCCAGUGUACAAAAAGCUCUAACCUUUCAGAGGUGUCUUCAGCCUUAAUGCUACGUAGUCUUUGGUCUCUUUAAUUCAUCUCCGUUCUGAACGUCUGCGUGGGACGUCUCCACCUCCCUGUUUUGACCUGUGACCUUUGCUCCGCAUGUGUAAACAGCAAGCGUUGGCCAGCCCCUCCAUCUCCUAGCUGCGUGAGGUGAAUUUGUCCGAUUCUUUGCACUUGCCGCCUUUUUUGAAAAGAGAAAUAAACGUGUAAAGUUGCCUAGUGUGAGGGAACCGAGUGGGCCCUGCGCCGUGUCCCUGCUGAGCUGGUGCUAGUGGGGAAACAGCGCCACCUGUGGGCUUGGCUGUUCUCUGAGUUCUGUUGACGUGUGACUCCACCUUCCGCCCGGUUUCCAUCCUCGUCAUCGCCGGCGGCCCAUUCUGAUAUAAGUUAUCACGGGGUGGCGAAGGAGAUCGUCUUUCUCUCAACCCCUCUUCACUGUAUAGCACAGAUUUAUAGUUAAGUAUAUGACGUAAGCAAACACAUUGUCAUUUCUCUCUUUAAUAAAUAAACUUUUUUUUAACAA